UUUAGCUACGUCUUCCGGAGUCCCAUCAUGCAACCGGCUGUAAAUUAAAAAUGGCGCCUGAACGCUCUUACAACAAAUAAAUUAAAUACCCGACAUCGUCGCUAUCUCGGAUUCCUACACCACAACAGUUUUUCUUUUAAUAAAAUAAUAUUGGUGUUGGUAAUAGUCGCCACUAUGCCAAAAUAUUACGAAGAUAAAGAGGAAGACAACGCGGCCUGUGCAGGUGUCAAGGAGGACUUUAAAGCAUGUCUCCUUCAACACGACUGCGUCAUUAAGGAGGGGAAAAUGCCCAGUGAAUGUCUAAAAGAAGGUCACUGCAAAGCCUUACAGACGUCGUUCUUUGAGUGCAAAAGAUCCAUGCUGGACGCAAGGUCAAGAUUCAGAGGAAGAAAAGGAUAUUAAAGACCCAAAAUGGCACCACAUGAUAAAGACUGGAUGACCAACUGUGCCUUGUUGGAUUCACCUUCUUCUUGAAUGAAACAUACACGUCAAGGCAUCAGGUAGCAAAGAAGGACUGCCAAAUAUUUAAUAGCACUAAAAAAAUGUAUUAUAAAAUGAGCAGCAAAUAAAAGGGGAUCUAUUUAAGUUAAAGUACCAAUGAUUGUCACACACACACUACGUGUGGUGAAAUUUGUCUUCUGCAUUUGACCCAUCCCCUUGUUCACCCCCUGGGAGGUGAGGGGAGCAGUGGGCAGCAGCGGUGCCGCGCCCUUGAAUCAUUUUUGGUGAUUUAACCCCCAAUUCCAACCCUUGAUGCUGAGUGCCAAGCAGGGAGGUAAUGGGUCCCAUUUUUAUAGUCUUUAUGCUUGGAGGCCUUACAUCCUCAAUAUUAUUGGGAGGAAUGAUCUGUAUGAGGGGCCAAUUGAAAAAGUAAAACUACAAUAGAGAAAAAAGUAGUCAUGACAGAAGUCAUAAUAUUAAGGGAAAUAAGUCAUAAUUAUACAAAAAUGAAGUUGAAGAAAAAAAUUGUGUGUGGGGGGGGGGGGCAUUACAAAGUUAUUGGAUUUUCACCCCCCAGAAAAUAACUGACAAUAAUUAAAACAGGAAUUGGCAUAAUAUUGCAAAAAAAAGUUGGGAAGAGAAAGUAUAAAAUGAUGGUAUUAAAAUCACUAGUAAGUAUUGUUAAAAAAACAUUUUUUACAACUGUUGUUAAAUGUACAACUUUUUUCUAGAGCAGUGGUUCUUAACCUGGGUUCGGUGAGUCGGCCUCAGGGGUUCGGUGGAGCCUCCGCCGUCAAGCCACACCUGACUCAGCGUGUAAUAAAAACUUCUCCCUAUCGGCGUAUUAUGGAUACCCCAAAACAAUGUUGCCUCUAAUUUUCCAUCUGAUUUGCAGGUGUGUAAUUUGUUGUGAGUUCAUGGACUGUUUAGGUUUUGUUCUUUGAACAAGGUAAUGUUCAUGCACGGUUCAUUUUGUGCACCAGUAAAAAAACAUAAAUUUGUCUUAAAUUUAAAAAAAAACAAAAACAUUUAUUUUUCACUGAAGAAGGGUUCGGUGAAUGCGCAUAUGAAACUGGUGGGGUUCGGUACCUCCAACAAGGUUAAGAACCACUGUUCUAGAGCAAAAAUCUUUUCAUAUUCUUAACAUAAGAACCAUGUUUUCUUAUACUUCUUGAUUUUAUUCCAGUGUUUUCUUUGCAGUACUUCCUUUAGAAAAUGUGCCACAAUAAACCGUAAAGUUCACAAAUUGACAUACCGGUAUUAAAAAAAAAAUUGAAAUGCAAGUAUUGAAAAGGAAAACAAAUAUUACUUUUUUCAACUCACUCUUAUAAUAAAGUUGAGGUAUUUUCAUUGUAAUUGAUAUUAGAUUUUCUAAAGGUAUGGAUUAAGGGUGACUUAAGUUAAGACAAUGUUUUAGCUAACAUCUGGACGUAAGAAAGGACGUAGGUGAACUCAAUGAUAACAUUAAGAACUAUUUCAACGCCGCCAUCAUCAUCUCCUCAAACUUCUCCAUAUCCACUUUCUUCAUGAUGACAGCCUUGUGAGUCUUCUUUAACAAGCCUAAGGUAUCCACCACCAUCAUGCCUCUUGUGUGUGUGCCUGUCAGCUCCACGCUAACUGGGAGGCAGUCUUUCUCUGUGAUGAACUUGUCGUCCACGGCAGCGGCCAUAGCGUACGAGUCGCAGGAGACGAAGCCCGUGCCGGCCACAAACUCCUUUUGGGAGCGCUCACUGUGUGACGCCUCGAUGCUGUGGCGGAAGAUCCGCGCCAUGAAGUGAGCUUUGUGCGUGUCUUGCGCUAACCAUGCGUCACAGAACUCCUAUGUGGAAGCAUGCAAGACAUUAAUAUUUAAUGUAGUUCACCCAAGUAGACAGUGCAUUAGUUUACUGCCAUUUGAAAAAAAACCCUCCAAUAAAUACCUUAAUUUAUCCAAAUAAUAAAUGGAGUCUGUAUUUUAUAUUGAAAUUAACACAAUUGUUUAAAUCUUAGUUAUUUUUCUGAUGCCAGCAAACUAUCGCAAUAUAAUAUAUAGAAUAGUAUAAAGUAGAGAUGUCCGAUAAUAUCGGGCUACCGAUAUUAUCGGCCGAUAAAUGCUUUAAAAUCUAAUAUCGAAAGUAAAAUUUAUGACUUUUAAAAACGCCGCUGUGUACACGGACGUAGGGAGAAGUACAGAGCGCCAAUAAACCUUAAAGGCACUGCCUUUGCGUGCCGGCCCAAUCACAUAAUAUCUACAGCUUUUCACACACACAAGCGAAUGCAAAGCAUACUUGGUCAACAGCCAUACAGGUCACACUGAGGGUGACCGUAUAAACAACUUUAACACUGUUACAAAUAUGCACCACAAUGUGAACCACACCAAACAAGAAUGACAAACACAUUUCGGGAGAACAUCUGCACCGUAACACAACAUAAACACAACAGAACAAAUACCCAGAACCCCUUGCAACACUAACUCUUCCGGGACGCUACAAUAUACACACCCCCCCACCUCAACCCCACCCCGCCCACCUCAACCUCUUCAUGCUCUCUCUGUUAAUUCCACGACUGUAUAUAUCGGUUGAUAUCGGAAUCGGUAAUUAAGAGUUGGACAAUAUCGGGAAAAUAGCCAUUAUCGGACAUCAUAUAUUGACAUAUAUAUAUAUACUGUAUAUAUAUAUGAGAGAGAGAGAGCUGUUGAUCUAAGCUGGUAAAAUGAUAGUACAAAAUACAAAUAUUUGAUAUGCAUAAAAUCUGUAUUGUGAAAAAUAUAUUUUUUGGAUACCUGCCCUGUAACAAAACAGAUUGGGUGGUCCUUUGCAGCUGAGUAAAUAAAUGCCAAAUAUGGUUCCAUCUA